AAUGUUUUGGUGUUGGGGGUUAUCUAUCCACGUGAUAGAUGAAGUUUAACACUUAUAAUUUAUAUAUGUUUUUGAUUGAUAAUUACAUCUUUAAACAGUUUUAAUGAUGUUAGCUAUUUUCCACCAAGAAAAUAGCGCUUUUUUGCUAACGCUAGUAUUUGUUCUCAGUUAAAGUUUUUAUAACCCAAAAAAAAUUUAAAAAGGUCUAAAUUAAUGGUUUUCCAGUAUGUUGGAGCAUAACAAGCGUAAUCUAAAAAAACUUAGGAGGAAAGAAAAUAAAAAGAAGAAAUUAAAGGCUUUCUUGGAAAUAAGUAGUUUGAAUGAUCAAGAUCGUAAGAAGUCAAGUGUAAAUUCAGCUAAUGGUGGGUUACCUCUCAAAGAACCAUCUAGUAAAAAAUUCCAGAAAAACUUUGAGGAACCUAAUCCUAAACGAAUGAAGAGGGAUUAUCUCUUUCCACUUAAUGGCAUUGCAGCGGAUGACAAUAAUGAUGUUCAUACUAGACAGGAUAGAAGUCUACUUUCCGAAGAACAAAUUUCUGAGUUGAACAAGCUACUUAAAAUGAGGAAAAAGAUAAGACAUGAGAGACCCUUCUUGGAGCUAAAUGAAGUCGGUGAAGCAGCUACACUCAGUUUGCCAGAAUCUCAACGCGUGCCAUUACCUUUUGACGACUUCCAACAUUUUAUCAUCACGUCACUAUUUGCACAUAUGGGUACUAAAGGUCCCAGUAGGUGGAUAAAUUGUAAAAAGUACCAAAAACUGGAGCGACGAAUUUUUUUGAUAAUUGAGGGUGCUGGUCUAAAAGAUUAUUUAGAAAAUGUAGCAGACUUGAAGACCCUUUCGCAGUUCGAAAAGCAGUUGGAAGUCCUGUCGCCGCUGCAGUAUGGUGGCGAUUUAAUAAGUGAACUCGCUCUUGUUUCUUUAACUAACAGCCAAAGACAAAAGCUUGCUUCUGAAUAUGGAUCUUUGAAAGAAGCUUACAGUUCUGGUGACAUAUUUAAGACUUUCAGAACUAUUUUCCCCAUCACUGAUAGAAGCGACAAAGUUGCUGAAGAUAAUCAAAAUAAAGAUAUCAGGCUUGCUAAUUCAGAAUCGCCUAUGCUUGAAAAAGUAAGACCAAAAGAUAAGUUUUCAAGGAAAUCACUCCUUCUCAGCCCUUGGGAGAUGAUAGAGGAAAAUUAUCCUAUGCCUUUGAAUGGAGAACUUGGGAAGAGAUAUUCUGACUUUAUUUUCACACGUCAUGAUUACAACGAAGUAACGGAAAACUCACCUAUGUGGGCUAUAGAUUGUGAAAUGUGUCUAACAGCUGCUGGCCAAGAACUGACUCGUAUCUGCAUAGUGGAUGAAGACCUCAAUAUUGUGUACGAAACUUUGGUUAAGCCAUAUAAUCCUAUCAAAAACUACGUCACUAAGUUCUCUGGCAUCACACCUUCUAUGAUGAAAAACGUUAAAACUCGCUUAGAAGACGUGCAAGCAGAUAUCCGUGCCAUUUUUCCUCCUGAUGUUAUACUUAUUGGUCAAUCAUUGAACAGUGAUUUGAUGGCAAUGAAGAUGAUGCAUCCGUUUGUCAUUGACACUUCAGUCAUCUUCAACAUGUCUGGCAUCAGGCAAAAAAAGACCAAGCUGAGAAUUCUCGUCGAGGAAUUCUUGUCAUUAAAAAUUCAAACUGACGAUGCUGUUGGGCACAGUCCUGUAGAGGAUGCAAUUGCUGCUAUGAAACUGGUCCAAGCCAAAUUAGAACAUUCACCGAAUUGGGGAAAUGUAAUUUUAGGAGGCCAGAGGUCUAAAGAAGAAUCUAAUGCAGCAAGGAUUCUUCUGGAAACAAGGGAGGCAGCUGGUAUGGCCCGAAUAUCUGUUGCUGAUCACACGCGAAUUGUUUGGCCACAAUUAAAAAAAGAUAGAGAUUGUCAAAACCAUGAGAUUCACAGUUCCGGAAAGGAUGUUCGUUCAGACACACAGCACUUAGAGAAUAUUGGUGCCACAUCAUUAUUCUCUCACCUAGUCCGUUACGACAAGAAUGCUUUACUGGUUGCCAAGAAGAAUGAACUAGACAAAUUUGCUCCGUUUACUGGCAACAUCAACAAUAGAUUUCGGAUGGAAGCAGUAGAUACCAACAGAGCUGCCAUAAAACAUGUCAGAGAAUUUACUGAAACCGAUGGGACCGGAAUAGCUUAUGUUUCAUUGUCGUCCCAUUCGCCAGAAAAGGCUAUUGCGAAGGCAGAUAAACUGGUAUCGAAGCUACUGAAGUGUACUAAAGGGAACACACUGUACACUGUUCUUCUUGCUGGCCAUGCUGCCAAGCCUAGUGACGGUAUAAUUUUCCUACACCUUUCAAGAGAAAGAAUUCCUAUGAUAUCGAAUAUUUUCUAGUUUUUAAAUGUUCUUCUGAAAUAUAUUUAGUGUUAAAUUGAAAUUUAUUGGUAUUUUGUUCUAGGACAUUAGUCUUAAAUAUGUUUUGUAUUGAAUUCAAAUUGUUUUUAUUUAAAAUACAUACAUCUAUAUAAUGC